UCAGAACUUCCCACUUACAUUUCCAAGUCUUCUUCCAUGCAGCACCCAGUGAGCCAGGAUCAAAGGUUGAAGGAAUGAAUAAGACGUAGACCAUGCCCAUAUCACGUGUAUAAAAGCAACCUGCCGUGUGUGCAGAGCACUUUUGCAUUUUCCUAGGUGGAUAACAUCAGGCAUGGCGUUUGUUUCAGCACUUGGUUACCAGCCGGUUUACAACCCGACUAUUCCUUUCAGGAACCCAAUUUAUGGCGGUGUGCGGCCUGGCAUGUCGGUUUACAUUCAGGGUUCGAUCCCUCAUCAUGCUAACGGGUUCUGUGUGAACUUUGCGUGUGGUCUUUACGAGGGAGCAGACAUUGCUUUCCACUUUAAUCCCCGCUUCCAAGGGAAGGACAAGGUGGUGUUUAACAGUUUUGAUUCUGGAUCAUGGAGAGGUGGAAAAAAGAAAGAUGGUUUCCCUUUUCACAAAGGCGGGUACUUUGAAUUGGUGUUUUUUAUCAAUCCUGGAAGCUACCAGGUGAACGUAAAUGGUUCCUACUUCUACGAGUUCAGUCAUAGAAUUCCUCUAGAGAGGGUGGAGUCUGUUCAUGUAGAUGGAGAUGUCAUUAUCCAAUCUUUGAGCGUUGUUGGAGGAGCAGCAGGUGGGGGCCCAAUGGUUACUCCCGAGGUGAUGCCAUUGCAUGGAUAUCCAUCAAUGACCCUGCCGGCAAUGGGAGGACCCACCUAUAACCCGCCUGUUCCUUACUAUGCAAACAUACCUGGAGGAGUAACACCAAAGAGGACCUUUGUGAUCAGAGGGUUCAUGCCAAUGGGAGGCCAAAGUUUCCACAUAAAUUUUGCGACAUCAAGUGGUGACAUAGCUUUACACUUUAAUGUUCGCCUAAAUGAGUUUACAGUGGUGCGAAACAGCAAAAUUGGGGGCGAUUGGGGUGCUGAAGAGAGGGACAUGGCUGACAACCCCUUUGUGCCAGGGCAGUAUUUUGAUAUCUCUGUCCGGACCGGCAAUGGGCGAUACAAGGUCUUUGUGAAUGGACAACCCUUCUGCGAGUACUUUCACCGCUUCCCAGCCAUGCAAAUGAUUGACACCCUGGAGAUUGGAGGAGAUGUGGUGCUCUCACUUGUACAGUUUUAAAUACUUCCAAUUGUGCCCUAAAGUGGAGAGCAAAAUUAAUUCUGUUCUAUGUUAAAAGGGACAGAUACCCAGGUCAAAGAU